AUGUCUUCAGACGCUCCAUCUCAGAACAUGGCGUCUUUCAAUCUCUCUCAGUUUCCGUCGGACGAGCUGGAUCGCAUGACCGGAGUACGAGGCUCUCCAUUCACUCGUACAUUGUCAUCGGAGGAUGGACAUGCAACCGUCAAUCUUCCCCAGGGUAGUGCCGCCUUGACAGGCCAGCACGGUUACGACUCUAUGGGCGCCAAUGGCUUCUAUGGUAGCGGCAACAACGCUGGCAGCAAUAACGCCAUGAGCAACAGCAUCUCGAGCUUACACAGCGUCUCGUCCAACACAUCCGCUGGAGGCAAUGGGCCCAAUGGCAGGACUGGGUAUGAUCAGGCAAGCCGUCUGCGACAAACCUUUAAUAAUGCACGCAGUUCUUCGCCUCUGUCGCGGCCACCGCUCUUCAGCCCCAAUCUGCUACACGAGAUGGAACGCGCCUCUCAACAAGUGCGCUCGCCAUCAGGCUCGCAUCCAGCCUCAUCUCCACCCCCGAGGAGCAACGUUACUUCGCCUCGUUACUUCACCGAGCCCCACUAUACCUCGAAUCCACCACCGCAUCUUCAGCACUCUUUGCAACAUUCGCAACAGCAUUCUCAUCAACAGCAGCAGCAACAAUACCAGAACCAACCGCAUUCCAGGCAGCAGUCGCAUCAGCAAUCUCAAAUACACCCAUCGCAACCGCAUGGAUCCAACUUCAGCAACCAGCACGCAUCGCACCCUACGUCUCACCAGCAUGGUAACAUGCAGCACUCUUCGCAAAGUCGCAACGCAACUAUGGGUCCGCUCGACUUUCUGCCUUCGACGCAACCGUCUGCGCUGAGUCCACACGACCGCCCACACUCGUCUUUGUCAGAGCGCCUCCACGAUAACGCCUCUCGCAACAACGGGCCUGGUACGGCCCAGAGUCCUGUGGGCGGUUUCAACAAGGAUUCGGAAUUCAGCAUCUUUGUGGGUGACUUGAGCCCCGAUCUGCGCGAGGAGGAUCUUGUGGCUCAGUUCUUGCAGCCGCCCGCGUGGCCGCACAACCAUGCUUUCGCAUCCGCAGUGAUCAACGCCCAGCAGGCGCAAGGCAUCUACCAGCCGGGCAAGCACAUCGGUCCAGCGCCCUUCCAUUCGACCAAGUCAGCCAAGAUCAUGACUGAUCCUGUCACGGGCGCUUCCAAGGGGUACGGCUUUGUACGCUUCUCGCUCGAGGCUGAUUGCAAUCGUGCACUGGUCGAGAUGCAGGGUGUUGUGGUCUCGCCUGCCAAUGGUCUCUCACCUGGACGUCCCUUGCGCGUCAGCACAGCAACGCCCAAGAACCGUGGACCAGGUCCUGCGCCUUCAGGACCAAACGGACAGAUGGAUCCUCACCAGCAGCAUCUGCGAAUGCCUACACCUCACAACCCAGCGCACAGUGUAGGGCCUACUUUCUUGUACGGCGGCGCUCAAGGCGGCGGUUCGGGCGCUCGAUCGGAAGUGGUGUCGCCUCAGCCACAGACUCGACAGCAGUCAAGUCCUCCGAACCCCACCUCAGUCAUCUCACCGAUCUCGCCCACGUCGCCUUACGACGGUCCCGGCAGUGGCAGUGUGUCUGGCUCAUUCGGUCCACUCUAUGGCGGCUUCCCCAGCAACGGAGCCGACAGCGCGCGGGAUUCGUCACCUGCAGGCAUGCCUCGCUCCCACACCCCCUCGUCGGCCCCUCCGAUUCCACCACAGCAGCAGGGUGGCGGCGGCAGUGGCAAUCCUGGCGACAGUGCGGCCGAUCCGAACAACACGACUGUGUUCGUCGGGGGCCUAUCGUCGCUCAUCUCGGAAGCGACACUGCGAAGGUACUUUGAGCACUUUGGCGAAAUCACCUACGUCAAGAUUCCGCCCGGCAAGGGCUGCGGUUUCGUGCAGUACGUCCGCAAGCAGGAUGCCGAGAUUGCUAUCCAGCGCAUGAACGGCUUCCCGAUCCUAAACUCCAAGAUUCGACUCAGCUGGGGACGAAGCCAGGGCGACAAGGCGGCAGCUGCAGCAGCACAGACCAUGGCGCAGUACGCUCAGCUCGGUCAGCUUGCCGGUCUUGCUGGAUUGAGCACACUCAGCCCGUCCCAGCUCGCCCAGCUGGCUGGCCUUGGUAGCGCUCUCAGCGCGGCACAAGCCCAAGCUCAAGCUCAGUCACAGGGACCUGCGCAGAGAGGUCCGCCCGGGUUUGGUCUCGGAGGUGCCGGAGGGCUUGCAAACGAUCCACUUUCCACACUAGCAAGACAGCUCGCCACAGCCAACAUGGGGCCUCCUCCUGCGCUCGGCAACCAGGGUUUGCCAGGUAUAGGGCAGCGAGCUCCCCUGCCAUCGUUCUUGCAGAACCAACAGCAACAGCAGCCGCACCAAGGACAGCAGAUGCCGCACCACCAACACCAGCAGCAGCAGCCUUCCUUCCGAGGCCAGACGGGCUUCCCUUCUCAGAAUGCCGGCCCGCCCGGUAUGGGACCGAAUGGCGGUGCUGGAUACGGUAGCAACGCCAACCAAGGUUUCGAGUUUGACCAGCGAGGCGGAAACGCACCGGAUCACCAUUUCGGGUCCCAGGACGGACCUUUCUCGCGGGCCCCUUUCCCGCCUCACCAGUCGCAACAGGAUGGCUUCUCAACAGCGCCGCCGCUGUCCGAGUCGGAGCUCGCGGACGCCUUCGCCAGCCUCGACUUUGACGAGACGACGCGUGCCGCUCUGGCGCAACGUCUGCAGGGCAUGCAGUCCGGUGGUGCACCUUCGAACCGAGCCAACACCGAUCGGUACGGUCCGGCGCCAGGCUUGAAUGCGAAGCGAACCGACUCGUUUUCAGGCGGAUACAACCGUGAUCCCAACGCGUUCAUGUUCAGCCCCUUCAGCCCGUCGGAUUCGCCCCUUGUCGGGGGCAAGUCGGAUCUGCCGCAGUCGCAGUCUGCUUCGUCGUCGCUACACCUUUCGCAUCGGGCUGAGGAGGACGGUGAAGCUGCGGGUGCUGGCAACGGCGCUGACCGCUGA